AAGGCUGUAGGGGAGCUAUGACGGGACGUCUUCUGUCUCAUGGUGUGUGUGUGUGUCCCCCUCACCAAGAAACACACCCCAAGACUGAGCAGAAUCAACCGGACCCUCAUCAGACCGAGCAAGUGCUUCUUCGUCUUGGUUUGUGUUAUUCUUCUCACUGACGAGGAGCCGGAGACAAGAGCCCAAGGACAGACACUUGUGAACUAAAUAAUUGUGUCACACACACACACAAGAAUGCUGUGAAAGCAGGCACAGGCUCCCUCUGCACACAGCAGGUUGCGGUGAUCUACGUGGUUAUACGAAUGUACUCGUGUGGCGUCUGAGCAAAGACUUAGAGAGAAAGAGUCUGAACAGAUGAACUGAGUUCCAUGCAGGUAUAGGAUGUGACAAUACUCGGCAUUCUCUCCACGACACGAUGUCAAAGGGCAGAGGAAGAAUCUGGGAAGGGAGCGGGAGGCCAAUGCCCCGGUUUAUUCUCGCCUACCUCCUCCUCCUCUCGGCUUUGCCGUGCACGGGCUUCCUCCCCAACUUUUGGUCGCGAGUGUUGACGCUUUCCUGGGACUCGCACACGCACCAAUACAUCACAGAGCAGGCCGUGCUCAACGUCACCCUGGAGACGCUGACGGGCACCGAGAGGCCCCAGGGAAACGCUGCAGAGGAACGGGCCAGACUCGGCCGUGGCUUCUGGAGAGCAAUGGGCGAGGUGGUGAAGGCCAACGCCGCCAUGGACUUUGUGAGCUCCACCAGGUCCGACCCGGUGUACCACUUUGAUUCGGAGCGCGUUGACAGCGCCGUGACAAUGUUGCGGCAGUUCUGGGCCCAAACUGUGCUCUCCGUACGGGCCAAGGAGUACCAAAGUGCCCGUCACAGCUUGGGCCAGCUCUUCCACUCCCUGCAGGACUUCUACAGCCACAGUAACUGGGUGGAGAUGGGCCAACACUCCAUAUACCUCCACCUGCUGCAGCCGGAGGAGCCAGCCAUCCCUGUGGCCAAAGAGGACACGCCUACCUGUAUGGAGUGCUUCAGUCCCACCUGUCGAAACAACCUCCUGCCAAGACUGACAAACUCCCAGCAACACUCCCAGAUGCUCACCACUGGCUACUUCAGCACUUUCCCUCCAAAACCUCAGGGUAAAUGUAGUCAUGGAGGUGUUCUGGACAGUAGCCGCUUCCUGGGGGCUAAAGGGGGCAUCAACAAAGACAGCACCUCACCUCUCUUCUCCCCUCACUACUACCUCCAUGUGGAAGCUGCCACUUUGGCCACUGAGGCCACUCUGACUGUACUGAGAGACCUCAGAGACACUGUGGGCCACAAAGACUUCCUCCGGCUCUUCAGCGUGAAGCAGGUCCCCGCCUUGGUCUUUGUCAUGGACACCACGGGCAGCAUGUUCGAGGAGAUCACUGCCGCUCGCCUCCGGGCCCACUCCAUCAUUCAGAGCCGGGCCAACAGCCCGGGGCAGACUGGCACCUUUCUCCUCGUGCCCUUCCAUGACCCAGCCGUAGGACCAGUGUACGAGACUGACGACCCAAACCAGUUCAUGCAGCACAUGGAGAACCUGAUGGCGCUGGGAGGAGGAGACGAACCGGAGAUGUGCCUCUCGGCCAUUCAGCUGGCACUCACUCACAGUCCACCGCUGUCUGAGAUCUUUGUUUUCACCGAUGCUUCGCCUAAAGAUGCCCACUUGUUCGAUGCGGUGAAGGCCCUCGCACUGGAGAAACAGAGCAAGGUGACGUUCCUCCUCACUGAAGACCCCAAGUACACGACAGAGGUCAGCGGGAGGAGGAGGAGGAGGAGGAGGAAGAGGAGGAUCAUGGAACCUUUGUCCCCGGAUCGUUUCUCUCUCUACUCGUCCCUCUCCUCCGUGUCAGGAGGGUUGACCAUAUUCACCACCAACUCUGACAUCCACAGGGUCUCUGCCAUAGUGGAGGACAACACAGCGGCAGACAAGGUGACCCUGCUCCAUGUGGAGAUUUCCCAGGAGCUGAUGUCCUCUCAUUCCUUCAGAGUCGACAGCUCAGUUAAAAACAUCACCCUACAUUUCACCGGCGUCCUGACAGAGUGUAUCCUCACCAAUCCUUCAGACCACAGCCAGUCUCUGUUGGGUGGGACCGGCCCUCUGGCGGCGUUGGAGCACUUCGAGGGUCUGUACCGAAUCCGCCUGCUGCCUCCUGUGCAGCCGGGCCAGUGGAUAGUCCGCGCCAAAAGUGACGGGAACCUCACGUUCAAUGUGAUCGGUGGCAGCAGUGUGGAUUUCCUGUAUUACUUUGCCACUGUGACCAAUGAGACGCACCCAGGUCUGGCCAGAGUGGAGGGCAGUCCGAUAGCAGGUGUCCCCGCCUUCCUGGUGCUGGCCGUCACAGGCCUGGCUCCGGACGAGGAGGCGUCUUUCAGUCACCUGACACUGCUGGGAGCUCAAGGGGAAACCCUCCAGCAAGUGAAGCUGAACUCCUCCUCGUCCUCCUCGUCCUCCUCAUCAUCUUCAUCCCACUCUGUGGACGAGCUGGUGGGACAGGUGGACGCCGUGCCCAGAGUUCCCUUCUGUGUUCGCCUCACGGGCCGAGACGGACGGGGAAACAAGCUGGAGAGGGUUUCCACGGAGAUGGUGCAGCCCACUCAUGUUCAGAUCCAGGUGUUUUCUGUCCCCCGCCUCGUACCUGGGCACAGCACAAUGGUCGACUUCGACAUCCUUAACCACGGCCCGGCCCGACUCUUCAGUCUAAGCAUGGACGACGACCGUGGAUAUCUUCAUAGCAGAGGACCUCACAGGUUCCACGUUGCAGAACAAGGGUCUUUCCGUGAUCAGGUGAACGUCCACACUCCGGCCACGGCACAGGCAGGAGCGACCGUCACGCUCACCCUCACCGUGCGAGCUCUCGACUCCGCAGACUCAAAUUACGCCGUUGCCUACUUGACCGUGGUGCCACCGGAUCCUGACACGUCCCCGCCGUCCUGCUCGGCCGUAGGCGGGCGGUCCACCUGUCCGUCCGCUUGCAACGAGUCGAGCUGGAGCGCCUCUCUGGUCGUGUCGGACAGAGGGCGCGCUGGCCUCGCGGCCCUCCAGCUACAGACGGGUGAAGGCACGUUGACUUUAUUCCUCAGCCCCCCGACCAGAGAGGAGGGGAGCGUGGGCGAGGGCCAGGAACAGGCUCACAGCGGGGACCAGACGACCAGCGGAGACCACCACCAUCACCAACACCAGCACAAGGCCAGAUUGGAGAAAGGAGACUCCCCUUUGAAUGUGUCCCAGUGGGUCCAGGGCUCGUCACAGCCGCUGUGGGUGAGGUACACGUCCAGCUGCUGCUCCGCCCGGGCAGAGCUGCUGGUGUGGGACACGGCGGGGAACAUGAAGCGCUGCCCCCUGACGCCUGGUCAGCAGAGGCAGACGAGAGACAGGAGCACGGAGACCAGCGGAACCGGGCGGAUGAUACCCACACACGUCCUCUUUUUGCUCUUCGUCCUGCCGUGGUCUCCUUCGCUUUAGCUCCGUUUGAAAUGUUUUGCAGGCCAAAAAAAACUAAUACACGUGUUGAUCACCGGAUCGGGAAUUCAAAGACGGUAUAAAACUUUUUUGGAGGACACAAUUUGAAAAACACAAAGUGCACUUUAAUGCAAAGAAAAAGGAUCUUUCAUUGUCGGUGAGCUUCAGUGUUUUAACUGCUGUAAAUCUCAAAGAGAGUGCACUGAUUAAAAUAGUUAUUAAUGUGAAA